AUGAAAUUGUUUAGUUUUUUAAAAAGAAAAACAAAUAAUCUUCAUCAUAUCACAUACUCAAAUAAUGAUGAAUAUCACGGUAUCUAUAAUGUGAUAUAAUAUAGGGGAAAUGAAGGAAAGCUUAAAACAUGGAGAAGGAGUCUACAAAUUUGAUAAUGGUAAUAGGUAUGAAGGUGAAUGGUAUAAAAAUCAAAAACAUGGAAAAGGGAAGUAUUAUUAUAGCAGUGGGGAAUUAUAUAUUGGGCAAUGGAAAGAAAACAAGAAAAGUGGUCAUGGCUAACAUUUUGGUUUACAUGGCGAUAGAUAUGUUGGACAAUGGUCAAAUAACUACAAGCAAGGUAAGGGAACAAUAUUUUAUAGAGAUAAUUCAAUUUAUUCCGGUAACUAAAAUAUAUAAUUGUAAGGGGAAUUUUAAGAAAACAAAAAAAAUGGUCCCGGUUACUUCUACAGCUCUAUCACAAAGGAGUUGAGAUUUUAAAUAUUUGAGAAUGACAAAUUGGUUGAAUAAAGUCCAGUUGAGAAAGUUCCAAAUGAAUUUGAAAAUGUGUUUUCUGCUUAUUUAGUGCAUGAUAAUCAUAUUAAACAUCUUCAGUCCUAACCCAAUAAAUCUGAUGAAAAUCAUUUGAUUCAACUAGACGCACAUGGAUUUGAAACACUUCAAGCUUUAAAUGAAACUGUUACUGUGAAAGGAAACAAAAAAAGUAUUAAAUUAUUUAUAUAUAUAUAAAUUAGUGUAGGAUUGGAAUACUGACGAAGUUUGUGCAUGGUUGGAAUGCUUAGGUCUAUCCCAAUAUAAGGAGAACUUCUAGAAAAAUCAUAUGUUAGGAGAAAUCCUACAUAAUUUAACAGAUAAGGAAUUGAAAGAAGAAUUAGGCAUUCACAUACUCGGACAUAGAAAAUAAAUCUUCUAAUAAAUUAAUAUGCACAAAAAAUACUACAUUAAAACCAUGUGCAGUUAAAUCUAAAAGACAGAAAGUGAAAAUUCAGCGGAUUAAUCUUCAAAAUAUGAUCAAUUGUUUUCUAUCAUUCAAAAGAUUGAGUCUACAAAAACUAUAGGAAAGGAAACCAAGAAUCAAAAAUUAAAGAAAUAAAAGUAAAAAUCUACUUAAGGAUCGGAAGAAAAACAAUCUUCUCCUUUCUUUUAAAACAAAUAAUCUCCAAAAUAAGGUAAUUAAGGUUAAAUUCUAAAAACAGAGGAUAAUUGUAAUAUUAAUAAUUUCAUUGUUGACAACUUGGAUAGAUCAGAUUCUUCAGGAGAAAAUUCGUUCUGUUCAAUUGAAAAUUAAUAAACUCAGUUAAAUGCAUAGAAGAAUUAUCAGAAAAUUUUAGAUAAGGGUUACUAAAAUGCCUAAGAAGAUCAUUUAUAAUAGAAACAUUAAGAAAGGAUAAUGAGUUUAUUGAAAGACUUAGGAAUUAAUGAAAAGUUGCUAAUCAAUUUUUAAGAAAUCAAAUAAGGAACACAAAUUGGAGAAGGAAAUUAUGGAAUAGUUUUUAAAGGAAAUUGGCUUGGAUAAGAUGUGGCCAUCAAAUCAUAUUGUUAGAAACAAGACUAAUCUAAAAAUAAAUAAACUAUGGCUGAUUUCCUAAAGGAGGUCCAAGUUAUCUCCGAAUUGAGGCAUCCAAAUAUUGUGCUUUAUAUGGGAGUUUGCAUCAAAAGGCACAACUUUUAUCUAAUUACAGAGUACUAUUUAUUUAAAUUGUUAGAUAUAUGGAGAAUGGUAGUUUGUAUGAUCAUAUUCAUAAAAAAAAAUCAAAAAAUCUAAACUUUGUUCAUAUUAUAGAGGAUAUAGCUCUAGGAAUGUAUAAUCUUCAUGGAAGAGGUAUUAUGCAUUGUGACUUGAAAUCUUCAAAUGUGCUAAUUGAUUCAGAUUGGAAUGUUAAGCUUUGCGAUUUUGGAUUAUCAAGGAUUAAGACCAAGAAAACAAAAAGUACUAUUGGAACUUCCUAUUAAAUGGCUCCAGAAAUAAUGAGAGGAGAGCCUUACACUGAAAAAUCAGAUGUAUUUUCUUUUGGAAUGAUUUUAUGGGAAAUUAUGACUGGUAAAAUUCCAUAUCAGAACUUAUCCAUAACUUAAAUUAUAGAAACAGUCGGUUGGGGACAUAAUCUUGUUGAAAUUCCCUAACAAAGUAAUCCUCCAAUUUUGGCAAUUCUCGCUAAAGAUUGUCUUUAAAAGGAACCAUCUUAAAGACCCAAUUUUGCAAGGAUUGUUGAAAGAAUUUAAUAAAGCAAAAAUAAUAAGUGUCAUAACAAAGAAAAAGCUAAGAAAUUAUUGAUUGACUUUUUAUAAAAUUGA